GGACCAUCCCAACGCGCCGACGUUCGUUCGUUCACCCGUUCAUCGGCCAGAUCUUUAUUCUUCUUCUUGGCUAGACGGUCAUCCGUUCACCAUGAAGCAUCUGCUCUUUUCGUCUCUCCUCGCCGCUUCGGCGGCAGCCGGCCUCCUUUCGCGGGACCACGUCAGGCGCGGUUAUGGUAGCCACCACAUCGCAAGACAAGCCGACGCCAGUUGUGGCACCAGCGGGAGCGUCUACUCGAAGGAUGGCGGGUUCCGCAGCGUCCUCUAUGUGACGAACUGGGGCAUAUAUGGCGCUAAGUUCCUGCCGUCAGACAUCCCGGUGUCCGAGAUAACGCAUGUGCAAUAUGCGUUUGCGGAUAUCAGGGAAGACGGGAGCGUCGUCUCCUCCGACGAGUGGGCCGACACCCAAAAGAUCUUCGCCGGCAGCAGCGCCCCGCCCGGCGGCGGCGGCGGCGCAAACGGCACCAAGGACGCGUACGGCAUGGUGGGGCGGCUGUACCGCCUGAAGCAGCAGAACCGACACCUCAAGGUCUUGCUGUCCGUGGGCGGCUACACGUGGUCGCCCAAGUUCGAGCCCGUGGCUGCCGACGCCACCAAGCGCGCCACCUUCGUCUCCACGGCCGUCAAGCUGAUGGGCGACUGGGGCAUGGACGGGCUCGACAUCGACUGGGAGUACCCGGACACGGCCGCCAAAAACGCAAACAGCGUCAGCCUGCUCGCGGACCUGCGCAAGGGGCUGGACGACUACGCGGCCCAGCACGCGCCCGGCUACCGCUUCACCCUCAGCUUCCCGGCCCCCGCGGGGCCGGAUCACUACAGGGCCUUCAACUUCAAGGCCAUGGACGCGUCGCUCGACUUCUGGUCCGUCAUGGCCUUCGACUUCGCGGGCAACUGGGACAACACGACGGGCCACCAGGCCAACGUGUUCCCGGAGCCGUCGACGCCGCUGGCGACAAAGGCCAGCAUCGACCAGGCCGUGGCCGACUACGUGGCCGGCGGCGUGCCCCCAGGCAAGCUCAACGUCGGCAUCCCCCUAUACGGGCGCUCGUUCGACAAGACGACUGGGCUCGGCAAGCCCUACACGCCCUCGACGGCCGGGUCGCUCGACGGGCAGGCCGCCAUCUGGCUGUACAAGGACCUGCCGCGCGCCGGCGCCACCGUCCUGUACGACGACGUGGCCAAGGCGACCUACACGUUCGACAACUCGACCGGGCAGCUCGUCUCGUACGACGACAAAAAGUCUGCGCAGUUCAAGUCGCAGUACAUCAAGGAGAAGGGCCUCGGUGGCGUCAUGUUCUGGGAGGCGUCGCAGGACAAAAACAACAGCGCCAGCAUGGUCCGCAGCGUGGCUGGCUGGCUUGAGGAGCUCCAGUGCUCGCAGAACCUGCUUUCAUACCCGGGAUCGCAGUACAACAACAUUCGUACCAACAUGGGGAAGGGAAAUGCGUGAAGGGGCAGAUCUAGAUAGUGUUACCUUGGGAGACUUGCGUCGACCACGUUCCUAGAUAUAAUUUGCGGUCAAGAAUAUCCGCAUGCGCGUUGCCUCCCAGGCCAUGUCGCAGGUGCAUGCGGGCUACCCCUGACAACCGGAAUUCGCCUGGUAUAAAGUCGUAUUUUCCGAGUCAUCCACGACUAGUUCAAGCCAAGGAUGCCAUUCCAAGAUUGAGGAA